AAACUGAGAUGAUAAUUUUGACAAAAUGUGUAGUUACGAAAAAGUGUAGCGUUUUCAAACAAGACUGGAAAUGACGAAAGAUUUAGGCCUAAUAAGUCUGCGAACUAUUCAAAUACAUUUGCAACGAAUUCAUAAAUUCGUCAAGUUGGGUGAUGGAAGCAAGUAUUCAGUCAAGCUUGAGCAUGGAGAUUUCUCCUGUGGUGAAUCUCAAAGAUGUGAUCUGAAUAGUGAUAAUCAGUUAAUAAUCGACCACAUUUUCAAAUAUGAGUUGUCCACCAUAGAUGUUGCGUCUUUAGAUUCGUUGUGCUCGCAGCCUUUUGUGUUGACUGUUUACGAACACAAAGUAAAAGACAAGAAACAAAAGGAAGCCAAAACUGAGUUGUGCGGUCAGACGACUUUUGAUGGCUUACCAUUGGUAAAAAAUUCGACUAAAUAUGAGUUGAACUUGAAAUUAUUCAGCCAGUUUUCUACAUCUUUUGACGAUCUUCCAACUGUUGAUAUUUUAGUUUCAGUUGAUCAACCACUUUUAAAUGAUGAAGUUUAUGAACAACUGAAUAUCAUUUAUGUCAAUAUUGAGUCAAUUCAAAAUGUCCCCGAAACGUUCCACACAAAAGAUCACUAUACUUUUGUUGCUGCACUACCAUUGAUUACCUCGAGUGAAAAUAUAGAAAACGCAAUCAUUUCGAACAAGGGAUAUUUGAAAUCGCCAUCCGAUGCAGAAUACAUCAGCACUUCAUUUAGAUGGCCUGCCCCUGGAAGUGCACGGAGUUUUGCAGAUAUUAUGCAAACCAGUUUUCCGGAGAUUACUCUAGCAUUGAAUAAAAAAGAAGAUGGUGACUUUCCAAUAGGACAAUAUUCGACUCUUAGAAAUUCAGCUAAUUCUGUAAAAAAUAAAGUUGUUUGGAAUCAGCAACACAGGCGCUUGCUGAACAGGACAUCACAGUUGAAACUGAAAGAAAGAAUUUCAGCUUAUAAAUUUUUACCAGUGGAGGUGUUUUGCAUGCAGGGCAGCUCAUCUGGAAGAAAGAAAAAGGACGAUGAACCCACCCAUACUCAUCAUGGUGUAGCUUAUGUUAAUUUAACUCCGCUUCUCUACCCAGGUGUGGAUUACGUUCGUGGGGCAUACAAAAUAUAUCCUUUUAAUCAGAAAGAAUAUGAAGAAAAGACAAAACGUCAAAAUAGCUUACUUCGAGAUGUUUUAAAUAAAGUAUCAGUUCAAAGUACCCCAAACGUACAGACAGAUAAAAAGAAAACACAGCUUAAUGUUCCAAAACAUGAAAGGAAAACAAGCGUCACAAAUGCUAAGACCACAGGCAGAAGUGCUAGUGCACUUGAGGCGGAAACUGGAGAACGUAGUGAAAUCGAAAGACAAAAAUCCAAUUUAACACCAAACACCAUAAACGAACAACCUACUGAUCAAGUACAAAAUACUGAAGCUCAACAAUAUUUAGAUGCACAAUCAUUUAUAAUGCUAGAAUUUCGUUUAGAAAAACCAUUGGUUAAAAAACGAACUUUAGAAGAAAUUGACCAAAAAGUUUCUACUUAUAUAACUGAAAAACAACCAGUUGUCAAACGUCACACCACAGCUGAAAAAGCGGUUAAGGAGUAUCACAAGCAAAUAGCAGAAGUUGCUAAUUAUUUGUUAAUGGAGUUCAAAGUUAUGUUUUCUGAUCUUAUACAAACAGAUCAAUUACCAGUAGAUCAUGAAUGCGCUGAACAAAUGAAACAUGAACUAUAUUAUUCACUGAAUACAUCUGGAAAAUAUUUCGCAUUUAAAGAACGUUUAAAAUUUGCUGUAAUUAAAAUAGUUAGAGAAAAAUUUUUUCGUACUAAACCAUUUACUGAUCAAGAACAAUUACAGCUUUUUCUGAGGGAUCUCUUUGUCUAUCUUGUGGACGAAAUGCACAUUGGUUUAAAGAAAGUAUUUUGCACAAGAGAUUUUACGAAGAUUCCAGAACUGAGUUUCUUUGAUCCAGAAACUUUAUUACGCUAUGCUCGUGAGGCUGAACAAAAUCAGAUGUAUGACUGGGCAGUUAAAUAUUAUCGAGAAAGAAUUGCAAGAAAUCCUAGCUCAUCAGCCUAUUGGCUCGACUUCGGUGUUUAUUAUUUGGGACGAAAUGACUUAGAACAAGCUGCAACAUGUUUCCACCGUUCUUUAACCAUAGAUCCUAAACAAAGCACUGGAUUAGUUUUAUUUGGUCUUGUAUCCGCCAUGCAAAAUUUUAAUGAAGAAGCUACUGACUUUUUAGAAGCUGCAGUGUCUCACGAUCCUAAAAAUCCUGUUCUAUGGGUCAUACUUGGUUUAUUUUAUGAAACGAUAUCCAACGACAUUGGUGUAGAUAUGGCUUUAAACGAAGCUAGAAGAUUAGAUGAAGGUGAUGAACAAGAAAUUGUUAGCUCGCCAAAAAGUGAAUCAAAUGAUAAUUUAUUAAUAAAUCAACGUCAAUCAUCAAAUGUUUUAUCUGACGGCUCACAGAACGAUGAGCGAAUUAAUAAACUAUCCAAGGAAUCAACAAAUGAUGAAAUAUUAGAAGAAAGUGUAGAUAAUUUUAAAAUAACUUUAAAUGAAUUAGAUAAAGAGAGUAAUCGAUCUAUUAUAAUUGGUGAUGCAAUUAAAGAUGAUGUUGAUAGAAUAAAUGAAGUUAAAACAAGAAAAAGUCGUUAUUCUAAAGCUCCAAAAUCAGGUGCAAAAAUUUCAACUGAUAUACAAUGUGAAUCAACAUUGAUACCAUCAACAGUCUGUGAGAAACCAUCAAGAAUGAGUUUAUUUAUUAGAACAGCUGAAUUUCUUUUGGAUAAAAACAUGUAUUCGUUUGCAUCUAUGGCUCUGGCUCAUGAAUUAAUAGCACAGAAGAAAGAAUUAGAAUAUCAAACAAUUACUUAUGAGCCUCAAACAAUAAUAUCAAAUUCAGUACCUAAUUUACAAUUACAAACUGAUACGCAUACACCUAUACAAACACAAUCAUCUAGUGAUAAUCAAAAUCCAACAAAUUUUUCAACUGCUGGUUUAUCUACAAUAACUAAUCGAAUUUCUUCAACAAAUAUUUUAUUUCAUCGUGUAUCUGAAUAUCAUUUACUUUGUGCACGUUUAUCAAUGAAUUCAUAUAAACAAGAUCUAUCAGAAGCUGAAUUCAAUGCUAGUUUAAUUAUUGAAGCUGAUCCAGAAGCUGUAGAAGCUUGGGCAUGUUUAGGUCAUUUACGUUAUAUUGCUGGAGAUUUAAAUGCAGCACGUUCUUGUUAUGAACGUUGUUUAUGUUUAAUAACAUGGCCACCUAAAGAUCAACAUAUUUUAUUGUUACGUUUAGGUUCGAUUUAUUUACAACAGUUGAAGUAUAAAGAAGCUAAAGAUAUUUACUUACGUGCAUGUAAAAGCUCUCCAACUUGUGCUACAUGGCUAGGUGUUGGUAAAGCUUGUUAUAGACUAGAAGAACUAGAAAAUGCCGAAGAAGCUCUCACUGAGGCUAAUUAUAUUAAUAAUAGGAACCCAGAAGUUUGGGCUUAUUUAUCUAUGAUAUGCUUAAAAACAAAUCGGUGUACAGAAGCCGAACAAUCCUUCAAAUAUUGUAUAAAAAUGAAAUUAAAUGAUACAGAAUUGUUGAAUGAAAUACAUACCCUUCAAAUGGAAGUUGGUUGGGGCAAUCCUCUUGCUUACUGGGUAACGUCUUAUUCACAAUGAUUAAUUGUCAUGAGGAAAAAACAAUGAUUGUCACAUUGAAUACACGACUUUAUUCAUUAUUUAUGAAUAGUUUUGUUUCAAUUUGAUUGAAGAAGUGUAGAAAUAAUUUAUGUUUCACUGAAGAAAACUUACAUUUCGACAGCUUCUUUCCUAAAGGUUGUACGAUUUUAUCCAUGUGAUAUAAGUUAAUCUAAUGAACAGGUUUUACUUAUAAAUAAGAACUUUCGUCUAAAUUUGAACGAAUAGUUUCACAAUAUUUGGGCGCCGAGUUAAUUUGAGACAAAUAUAUUCUUCUUUUUAAGGUUUUACUUAUUCAUGAAGAUAUAUAUGAUUAUUUGAAUGUGUAGAAUGCAUUUAAUAAUAAUAAUGCAAAAUAAAUAAAUGGUUCGUUAAUGUCUUG